ACAUUAGUUUUAAUUGCAAAGUAUAGAGCAAAUAUAUAGAAUAUGUACACACGAAGCAAUAACAGGUAGCAGCUGUAAUUAAGCCUUUUAUUCAUCAUGCGUGGAGCCAUCCAUCCAUCUACUGAAAUCUGAUAUCCAAUUCAUUCAACAGAUAGAUCUUCGAUCGAGGUGCAUGGCCGGCCGGUUAUAUAGAUAGAUACAACUUACUAAUUAAGGUAGGCAGCCAUAUAUAUAUAUAUAUAGAUAGAUGGAUCAUAUUGAUGAUCAUCGUGAGGGCGAGGAGAGCAUACCUUUGAUAAUGAGGGGGUGCCAGAUGGCGAGAGAGCUGGAGGAAAGCCUCCAGCAGCUGUUGCUGCAGCAGCAGCAACCAAUUAACCACCCCAACUUAUUAUUAGCCAUUACUGAUCAACCUCAGGAUCUUGCCAACUCCUGCCAUCAGAUCGCCAACAUGUUCGGUAGCGCUAGAGAUAAACUUAUGGCCAUCACCGCGAAUGCCGUCCACAUGCAUCAUCAUCAUCAUCCAGCUUUAAAUGUAAUGGAACAGCCACCUCCGCCGCUCGUAAUUGCUUCCCACCUACAUGAUCAUCAUCAUCAACAACACACCCCGUUUCUCCGCAAACUAUUAUCCCACAACGUCGACGUCAGAACGACGCCGCGGCCGCAGCAGCUGUCACAGAGCUGUUCUGCUGCUGCUUCUUCUUCUACUGCUACUAGUAGAACUAGUCUAAAAAUAUUUAGCAGCCACCAGUACCCCCAAUCACAAGAUCAAGAAUCUAUGGAUCACAAUCUAGCACUACACAACCUCCAACCGCCGCGUGAAUCGCUGGCGCCCAUGGGUAUGGCUCAUCAUCAGGACCAUGAUCCACGUGAUGAUCAUCGGCAGAUCACGACGAGCUCUUUUGGCGGCGGCGGCAGCGGCGCUGAUCAUGUGGAUAAGUAUGCAUCAAAUUCUACAAAAAUCAGAAGUAGUACUUCUUCAUCUUCCUCCCAAAGCUCGCGAAGAAGGAAGGACGAGGCAAAGAAGCGGGUGAUGAAUGUACCUGCUCCCCUAAUAGGAAAUACUCAAAUUCCUCCUGACGAUGGUUUCACUUGGAGAAAAUAUGGCCAGAAAGAGAUUUAUGGGUCCAGGUUCCCUAGGGGAUACUACAGGUGCACCCACCAGAAGCUAUAUCAGUGCCCUGCCAAGAAACAAGUGCAGCGAUUGGAUGAUGAUCCCUACACAUACGAAGUGACGUAUAGAGGGGAACACACGUGUCACAUGUCCUCAACUGCACCAUUGGCACGCUCUCAAGUUAUGAUCACCACUGCACAUGAACGUCAUUUGACUGGAGGAAACAUUCCAUUAUUAGCUAUAACAUCUGCCGACUCAUCAUUCAAUGCUGCUACUACAGCUACUAGCAACCACCCGGUACAACUGCCAAUACUAUCUAGUAAGAGUAGCAACAACAACAGUAACAAUAGUAUGAUUAAUGUUAGUGCCCCUCGUCCUUUGGGCAAGAGUCUAUCCAUGGGCUUCAUCAGUAACUUCCCAAGUAGUAGUAGCAGUAGUACAAUUGCAUGUGCAGGAAGUAGUCGUAAUGUAUCCGUCAACUGCACCAAUUUUGGUAUUGUUGGUGGUGCUGCUGAUUAUGGAGGCGGUCGUGGUAGUGGUAGGGGCAGUCCAUCCGCUAGUGUUAUUCAAUAUGACGACAAUGACAAACAUCAUGAAACGUACGAUGAAGGGAUAGCGGAUUUGGCAGAUGCCAUGUUUAAUUCUGCUAGCAACAACAACGCCAAUAUUAGCAUCACGGAUUUCAUAUUCCCGUUGGCAUCUCCUAGUAAUUCCCCGAAAGAGCAUGGUGGUGGCAGUAAGAACUAGUCCAUGCCCAUCAAUUCUCAAUCUCAGCUAUUAAAACGUAUUAAUAAUCUUACUUCAAUUAAAUAUAGCUAGCCACCAAGCACUACUUUUGCUUGCUAAACUGAGGAUGUAUGAUAUACAUUUUUCUUUUUUAUAUAUACGCACACAUGUGUGCAUGUACACAUUUGUUAAUUUCUUCAUUAUGAUGAAUUGAUAAUUUGCAUUUUUAGAAGAUCAA